UAAACCGCCAAAAACGGUGAAGUCCCAGUAAAUCGUGGAAGUCGUGACUUCCUUUGCCGUUAUAAUCUCUCUCUCUCUCUCUCAACACUUCAUAUCUCUCUAUCUAUAUAUACCCAAAUAGCUAAAUCCAAAACUUCAUAGUUAUACUAGUAUUUGUAUAUAUUUGGUUUGUUGAAGGGUUUGUAUAUGUAAAUUGAGACACUCAAUCUCUCUCUCUCUCUCUCUCUAUCUUGCUUCAUUCUAAAACAGAGAUUUUUCUACACAAACAAGAAAACCCACAAACAGAGAAAGCUUUCUUAGCUUGAAGAUAAUCAGAUUUGCUAUCCCCUUCUUGGUUCUGUAAAUCUCAAGCACCUGUUCAAGGGAAUUGGUAUUUGAGGAUGGGAGAUCACUUUGUAUUGCUGGUGGAUCGUUUGCUUACUGAAUCGACUUUGGAAGCUGCAAUCGAGCACAGUAAUCUGUCAAAGCAAUUGACAGCGUUAGCAACUGAUGACAUCAAAAUUGAUUGCCCUUCACAUGUCUCCGUUUUGAGAAAUUGUUCGUCUUCAGGGAAGAUAGUGGAAUGCAGGAUAUGCCAGGAUGAGGAUGAAGAUUCAAAUAUGGAGACACCUUGCUCUUGCUGUGGCAGCUUGAAGUAUGCUCACCGCAGAUGCAUACAGAGGUGGUGUAAUGAGAAGGGUGACACUGUGUGUGAGAUAUGUCAACAGCCAUACAAACCAGGCUAUACAGCACCUCCUCCUAUGUUUCAAUUGGGGGGUAUUCCAAUGAACUUUAGAGGAAAUUGGCAUAUUGUCAGAAGGGAUGUGAAUAAUCCUCGCUUUAUAGCAAUGGUCUCAACUGAACGUAAUUUACUUGAGCCCGACUAUGACGACUACACGGCUUCUACAUCAAGAAGCCUGGUUUGCUUCCGUAUAGUUGCCGUAAUUUUCAUGGUUCUUCUGAUUUUACGGCACACUUUUCCCAUAAUAGUCAGUGGAGCUCAAAACUACUCUCUCCCAUUGAUCUUGUUGUUGCUUUUGCGAACUUCUGGAAUUAUUCUGCCAUUCUACGUUAUUGUAAGGGCAGUGAAUGCCACCCACCGCCGCCGACGCCAACAGCAACAGGAGUCCCCUGACAUAUCAGAUUCUUCUUCUGACGAAGAAACCGGAGGACUGCCAACGCUGCAGCAACAGCCUCAAGCUGUUCACGUUCACUAAAUUUGGUAUUUUCCACUUCAAAUCGAAGUAAUGCCACGCGCACUGAAUCUGAAGAAAGUUUGAGUUUGUUUUUAAGUAAAUAACAUCAUCGAUCAUCUGCAAAUCAAAUUUGCGAUGGAAAGGGGAAUGAGAAAGUGAAAGUGGUGUCCCAUUUGAAGCACCCUUCAAGUUCCCAAUUUGUUCUGUGUGCAGAUUUUUUGUCUUCAUUUUUCAUUUUUUGUUUUGUAUUGUUUUGUGGAUGGUGCAGAUUGUUGCUUUGGCUUCUGAAAAUUUAUGUGCAGUCCAUAUAUUUUACUGUAUAUGAUAAGAAUUUAUUGUUACAAGAAUACAAGGCAAGCAUUGAAAUA